AGUGUGCGCCUCUGACUGGGAGAAAAGAGUCGCAGAUGUAAAACCGGGUGACCGGAAGUGAGUCAGUCAGGUGAUCUUUUCAAGCCCGACUAAAACAUUUUCAACGCUUUUGCAGCGUGUAAGGGCAUAUUAAAACAACCCGUUUCAUUCUGUCAUAGAAGAGGAUCUGUCCAUUCUCACCGUUGGCUUAUCUUUGACAUUUGGAAUUUUAUCCACGGACCGUCCUUUUUUGGGACAAAUCAAUCAGCUACAUCGUUCUUUACUUUUAUUGCCUGUCUGAGGUUGUGUCGCCUCUUCCUGUCAUUUUGAAGCCAUGUCUCAGAAGCUGACACCAGAUAGCGCUCAGAAAGGCUUUGCCGUAGGCCGGGGGCUCUUGGCCGCUGCCGAGACUCUGAACUUUAGCAUGGGCGAGUCCCGGCCUGAUCCCUACGGCUCCUCAUCCCAGCAGCAUGGAGGAUUGAUGGGAUUGGGUGGAGUAGACAGCCAGGAUUCCCAACUGGCCCCCCGUCGUGUGGGCAACCCUCUCAGCAAUACCAUGAAGCUUUUUGCCAGCCUCGGUCUCUCUCCCAAUGACUUGGACGCACUGGCCCAGGUGCCUGAGGAAAACAUCAGUGUGGAAACACUACCACAUCUUAUCAUGCAGCUGAAGAACCGAAAGGCUGAGGCCAGUCGACAUCUGACCAGUGACCUGCUAUCUCAAUCACUUUCCCCAGACCCCUCUUACAGAGGAGGUCGAGAUGAGUGGAGAGAUGUGCAGGGAGGAAGACUGGACCGUUCCGCAGCUUCCGCAAGUCAGAGCCGCACUUCUCAGGCUGAUUUUGGCUACAGUUCUACUCAAGAUUUAUCCUCUCGCAGCUAUGAUAUGGUCGAUUAUGGGAGUGGUGGUAGCAGUCGGGAUCGCCAGUAUUCCGAGCUUUCCACUGAUCGCUAUCGUGGCUUAGGCACGACCUCAUCUUCAACGUCUGAUGAUCUCUUUAUGCAGCGGCGGAUGGGAUCCCCAUCUCAGGGCAAAAUUCAGGAUUUCUUGGGUGUCAUGCCGCACAUGUUUCCCCAUGUGUGCUCCCUUUGUGACUUUGAUGUGCAUUCUUCCAUGGAAUGGACUCAGCACACAACUGGGAUGCGGCAUGCAGAAAACCGGAGGGUCCUUCUGCAAUUGUAUCCAGAUUGGGACCCUCAAAUGCCCUCUGGCCGAAUGUCAGACUCUCUCUCUCUGAGCUCAAAGAGCCGAUCAGAUGGACUACUGGGCGCUGCUCCAUCUUCUAUGAGGCAGCGAACAAGCAUGAAUUCAGGCUGGGGAUCUACUUCAAGCAUGAGUAUGUCAAGCAAAACAUCGUCAUAUUCUGUGACACCAAAGAUCAGAAGCAGGGUGGUGGUGGUUAAAUACGAUGAGAAGCCAAAGUUAUCUGCUCUGUUUGCUUUAGCCAGUCGUUUUGGUGCCAUCCGUGAACACCUUGUACUCAAGAAUAAGGCCUUUCUGGAGCUUACGACACACGAGGAAGCUCUUGCAAUGACCAAUCACUACCAGAAUAAGCCUGCCACUUUGCAUGGGAGAGAAGUGAAGAUUUACUUGUCCAAGGAGCUGCUGGUGAUUGAAAAAAACGACAGACCAGAUAGAGAGAACAGAAAUCGAGAUUCUGGUCCAGUGGUGUUCUUUUCCAAUUUGCCAAGAGAGACUGAGAAGAAGGCGGAGUUGCUCACAGUAGCCCGCAGAUUUGGCACCGUUGUGAACCAUCUUUUUUUAAAUGAUCAGGCAUUUGUGCAAAUGAGCAACUCAGAGGAUGCAGAGAUGUUAGUAAAGUACUACACUAUCCAUCCACUGACUAUUAGUCGUAGGACCAUCCAUAUGAACAUCUGCACCAAGUACAAGACCUUAACGGUCAUACCUGGUAAAGGAGAACAGUUAAAAGAGGAGCCGGAAGAAUCUGGUCAGAAGAACAGCAGCAGCAGAACAAGUUCCAAAAGCUCAUCCAAGCCUCAGAGAAGCUCAAGCUCCAGAGCCAAGGAGAGCUCAUCCGAGAAGGCACAGGAGUCGAAGUCUAAGGAGGGUGAAGAGGAGGUCCGGGCUGAAGCAGGCUCUGGUGAUGAAGGCCAGGGUGUUGUGGAAGCACAUGAUGAAGAGGAAGAGGCCCUUGGUGAAGAUCAGGUGACAGAGGAAUCUGUGACCGCACAGCCAGAUCAGGAAGCUGCCAUGGAGUUUGAGGAUUCGGCUAUGGAACAAGAAGAAGAAGGAGAAGAAGAAAAUGCACAUGAUGGUGAGGACACAGAGAUUCCAGAAGAGGAGGCAUUUGAACAAGAGCAUCAGACAGAGCAACCAGUUGAGCAUGAGGAAGAUCAGAAGCAGGAGGACAACACGGAACUCAAAGAAACAGAUGGGCAGGAUGAUGUGGAGCAGGACGAGGGUGCUGCAGAUGAUUCUGUCGAGCAGGAGGUGCCUGAAGAAUCUGAUUUCCCUGAAGACUUGGAUGAGUUUGUCACUCUGGAUGAGCUGGCAGAGGAGGAUGAGGCUGAACGGCAUGAUUCGAGAUCUAGAGAGAGAGCUUCUUCAGGUAGAUCCAGGGAGAGUGGAGGGUUGAGAGUUGUCAACGUGGUUGGAUUUAAACGUAGCUAUGGGUAUCUGGAUGAGAUUCUGGCCCUGGCAAAGCCCUUUGGGAAAGUUGUACGACACUUGGUUCUGCAUUCCAGACCCGAGGCCUUUCUGGAAUUUAGCAGUGAACAAGAAGCCAGAUCAAUGGUUCGUUUCUACAACGGAAAUGUCAUCCCUUCUGUGUGUGGAAAAACAGUCAAAAUUUACCAUUCGAUGACCUACGCGACCAUCCAGAGUGGCAAAGUCGUCUACAUUGGGCACAUCCCCCCAUUUAAAUCAUCAGACGCAUCCUUCCUGAAGGUUGCAGAGCCGUUUGGGAAAGUCAGACGUUACUAUUUGAAUCGGUCACGCUGUGAGUGCUUCAUUGAAAUGGAGAGGGGUGAGGACGCAGAGAGAUUUGUGGAGUCUGCUCGGCUGAAUCCGCUCAAAUUUGAAGGCAAACGCUUGCUUGUAUACAUCAGCAGGAAGUACAAACAACUCAAACAUGGACACAGACCCCCAACCUCAGAAGACAAACGGCCAGCCAAGAGGGAGCACUCUGAGGAGAGAGAGGAAAGCCAGAGCAGUUCCUCAGCAAAAACUACCACUGUGAAGGAAGAGGAACCCCCAUCCAAAAAAGCUAAAGAGGAGAAGCCUAGUGAGGAGAAAGCUCUGAGUGUACCGGAGGAGGAGGAGGAGGAGAAGGAAAAGGAGGUGGAAGUCAAAUCUGAGCCUUGUGAGAGUGUAGCUGAAGUGAACAAUGAGCACACAGAGGAACACAACACAGAUACAACAGAAACUCAGAACGUGGAACUCAAACCACCGAAGGUUGAGAAUGACAUUGAUGUUCCUCCUACUGAGUCUUCAUCUGUUGCAUCCUCUGCUGGUGUGUCUGAGAAGAGCCAAGAGCCAACUGAAGCCCCCACGCCUCCAACUGAGUCUGUCAGAAAACCUGAAACCAUUAUAGAUGCUCUUGGCCCAUAUGAGCCAAACGUCCCUGUAGGUGUGGAGUUUGUGAAGAUGGGCUACUACUGUAGAGUGUGCUUCCUUUUUUACUCCAAUGAAGACACUGCUAAAAAGGUUCACUGCAGUAGCCAAGCACACUACGAGAAACUCAAGAAACACUUGGAAAAGGAGAAGGCCAAAGCACAAAGUAAUCGUGAGAAAAACUGAAUAUGGAGGAGUGUAAUUGUACAGUAUUUGGUUGUGCAUGAGCCUUAGUUUGCUUAGUCUCUCCUACUGGAGGAUUGAUUUUAGUGUCUUUUUUUUUUUUUAGGUUGAUUCUAUCAUUUACCCAUUUACUGUUUUUCUUACAUGUGUAUUAGAAAAUUUGCCCUAUUCUCAGUAGAGGAAUAUGGCUGUUUGCUUGUUGUGAAUUAUUAUUAUUAUUAUUAUUAUUUUUUUUUUUUUUUUUUUUUGGUGGUGUUCAACUUGUUAACAUUAAAAACAUUCCUCACACUGGCC